AUGGCUGGCACGUGCUCUACAGUCGAGCCUGCGGGCGCCGGAGAGAUCAUGCUCUUCGGCGUGCGCGUGGUGGUCGACUCCAUGAGGAAGAGCGUGAGUUUGAACAAUCUCUCACAGUACGAGCAGCCUCAAGAGGGCUCCAACAACAACAGCGGCAAUAACACCAUCGCCGGCAAGGAUGACGUGGCCGGUUACGCCUCCGAGAACGACGUAGUUCACAAUUCUGCCGGAAAUCGCGAGCGCGAACGCAAGCGAGGGGUUCCAUGGACGGAGGAAGAGCACAAGCUAUUCCUGCUAGGGUUGCAGAAAGUGGGGAAGGGCGAUUGGAGAGGGAUCUCUAGAAACUUCGUGAAGACUCGCACACCCACUCAGGUUGCCAGCCACGCUCAGAAAUACUUUCUGCGCCGAAGCAACCACAAUCGCCGCCGCCGCAGAUCUAGCCUCUUCGAUAUCACAACAGAUACGGUCACUGCAACUCCAAUGGAUGAAGAGCAAGUACAUCAUCAAAAUAACACAUCUCAAUCACAUCCAUUGCCACCUCCACCACCAUCUGAGGCUUGUAAUCCUAGUGGAUUUUCGAUGGUGCCUAAUUUUCCAUUGACUGUGGGUCCGGCUGUCUUGCCAGUUCCCAUUGAGAAUCCAAUGGGAAAUCUAACCUUGGGACACACAAAUCUUGAGAAUAAUGCUUCGGCUAAGCUUGUCCGUCCAAUUGCCCUUCAUUCGGCCCCUCAUGCUGCAGCAAUGUCUGAUCUAAACUUGAAGUCGACAAUGGACACGUCGACUCUAACUCUCAACCUCUCCUUGACAAUGGACCCGAGGGAAUCGUCAUCAAGGCAUUCGGCUUUCCAGGCAAUGCCAAGCUUCAGCAAUGGGGAUAGCAUUAUUAGUGUUGCUUGA